CUCGACACGGCUUCGGUGGCCCAUACUCCGAAGCCAGGUUAUGCUUGACUGUCUCCGAAUCCUGCAUGCGUAGUUCCUUGUACGCUGCAGGGUCGACCACGAUCAAUGAUGGCAUGACCUUCGUAGACCGUAUGGGUCAAAUCUUGGAUUUCUACGGCAUCCAUUUGCCGCCUGCGACUGAACCACAGACAGUGUGACGGUCUGACCAGACCGUUCGACAGCUCUGAUGAGUCCCCUAUUUAGUGGCCGCGAUCGCUGCGUACACGCUCACCGCUUCCUGCCAGAAGCUGUCACUAUGCUGCGUUGCUCGAUCACUCCCAGCCUGAAGCCGUGUAGUUUGAUCAGCGGAGUCAGAUCCGCUUAUCGUUCCGCUAUACAUAAGGACUUCAUGUAGGCUUCGCCGCGUAUUAGAAGGCCUGAUGGAUUCCGCACAUUGGACUGGCCUUGCGAAACUGGGGAUGUACCAUUGGUGCGGUGCGGCUUCUGCAGCAUUGCUCUUCUACGACUAUACGUUGACGUUACCCCGGGAGGUUCGCUGUAUAUGGACGCGCAGUUUCUCGGGCGCGACAUUGCUAUUCCUUGUGAAUCGGUACUUCACGAUGCUCGUCGUAGCUCUGAACAUUUGCAGUCUGGCCUUGUCAGGCAGCUCCGUUUCGUCUAAUCGCCCGGCACACGAGUUCUGCUUUGUGCUGUCAAGAAUCAAUCAGGCCAUGUCCGUAGUCUUCGCCCUCGUCAACGCCGCAUUCCACUCACUAAGAGUAUUUGCAAUCUGUCCCAACAAAAUCCGGAAAAUAGUCUUCAGCGUUGUCUUUGUACUCGAGAUGAUACCUAUUUCUGUCGAUGUGUUCUUCUUCACGAGGAUUGCCGACUUUGGGGCCUCGUAUCUUCCCUUCAAUGGUUGCGAAUUGUCAGGGUUCUCAGACGUCGGAUGGUACUAUCAACGUAUGUAGUGACAGUCGUCCUCAAGUGUGUUGGUGGAGCCCGUUGGCUCAGUUUUCUUUUUAGUGGCCUACGGAAGCCUCGCUGCAGCAAUAGCUGCAGAUUCCGUUGUACUCAUGCUGACAUACUGGAGGACAUCGAACAUUCACCGAGCGCUGCGGAUGCAAGGCAGAAAGCGCAACCUUGCGUCAAUGGUGUUGAAAGAUGG